AUGGCAGGCCAGAAACGGGCAUUGAGCCAAACUGAUAGCAACGUCGCCAAAUCACAACCACCCUCCAAGCGACAGUCGCAGCAGUUAGCAGCAGGGAAAGAAAAUGCCACCCAUGACUAUACAGGUCUAAAGAAGCUUGACCUUUGCACGCUGCUUCAGCAACGCAACUUGCCGUACAGCGGUAAUAAAGACGUGCUUAUCCGUCGACUCGAGGACUCUGAUAGGGACCACUCUUCGGCGCGUAAUUCGGGGCGUGCAACUGGGAAGGGUCACGCCACUGCACAAACCAUUGCGCCCGAGUUCAAUUUCCUAACACUGUGCAGACCGUGGGAAGACGUCGAGGCGGAGAAACAGGUAAAUGGUUUGGAAUACGAUCCGUCUGAAGAGUAUGAGGAGGAAGAUGAAGCACACAGCGAAGUGGACGAAGAUGAAGAAGCUGCACCUGGAGACACGAGCAUGGCUGGUCAACGCAAAUCAAUCUGUGGCAAAAAGAAAUGUAUCUGCAAGCUUCCGGCCUCUGAGCAUCCAGAGCAUAACUGGAUCCUUACAACGGAAGGAUAUCGGUUGGUUGCUCGCUUGCAAUGGGAGAUAGAAAUUCGGGACCAGGACAAGUUCGGGGAGCACUUCUUUAGUGAUUUCAAUGGCUAUGGUUUUCAAGAAGUGAUGGAGAACCAACUUCUGUCAUUCGACCGCGAAUUCUCUAAGGGAUCUACACGCGAGGAAGGUCCAUCGCCAGCGGGAUUAUGGUCAAUUAUUGAAGGAUUCGCCUGGGCCCUCAACUAUCAAGGCUUCUGGUUCAAUAUCGACUACCCAGACAUGGUGCUGGCGACUCUCAAGCUCAUAGGAGGGGCAGUAUUCACCACUCUGAACAUCUUGGACAAGAAUGGAUUGCUGCGCCCUGACACACCAGUGAAAAAUAUUGCGCUCGUGUUGGGCGUUCUGUAUGACAACACUCGAGACUGGCCAGGCGAUGAAGAGGGGGAGUUGGAAUGGCGAGCAGCCAUGAUUAAAGAAGUCUUGCAACAUGGCAUUGAGUUCAAAGGGGCGCCUUAUGGCAUCGAGAGACUGUUCGAGACAGAUGGACUGGAUAGGUCACAGCUGGAUAAACCAGAUUCCAGGUGGAAAAAGUGGAAAAGGUUUGACUGGCCCAAAGAGUUUAGGUCAUUCUUCAAGAGAUUCCGGAAAGGGCCGACAAUAGGUGGCCGACAAUUCGCCCUGGAGUCAAAAGCCGACCUGGCAAGGGUGCGCAAGACUUGGGGUUCAAUCUGGAAUGUCUGA